AUGUGUCGAACAAUACAAGGGAUUUUGCAGAGCUUAAUCUGCACCCUGCAAAUGGUCACGCGGAUCUUCAUGACCUUCCUGCUCAUGAUUGAGAACAUGAUCAGAAUGCUCUUGCAGUCCCUGUACAACUUCAUUUCGACGCUGCUGCAAAUUUUGUCUCUAAUACCGAUAUGCUGCGUCUUCCUGUUGACGGCCAAGCUCAAGUGCUUGCUCUGCGGCGGCGGCGGCGGCGGCUGCGGCGGCGGGGGCGGCGGCGGCGGCGUGGUGGGGUGCUUCUUCUCCCUGCUGUUCUUCAUCACCUUCUUCCAAGCGACGCAGCAUUUCAACCUCGUGGACAAAAUGCUGAUGCGCGCGGGCUACGAGAAGAAGAACAGGAUGACCACCAAAGUGUGGAACGUGUCUGGCUACUACCGGCGUGCCGGCGAGAAGCAGGAGUUCGAAAUGGACGACAGCACUGAAGCGUACGCCGACAUCGACAGGGAAACCACCACCACUACGGAGAUUCCGUUGGAAAGUUUUCAGCCGGCGACAGAGCACAGUAAGGCCGGCAAUUGGUCGACCAUACUUUACUACUUACUG